CCUUGUAACCUCCUUGUCCAGUUCCGGUCACAAUUCUCAAGCCGCAUCGUCACAAGAAAAGCCAAUCGAAUCUCACCGACUUAACAUUCCCCCACGAUACUCCAGGAACAUCUCUGAUUCACCUCCGCUGCAAUGCCUACCCCCGAACAGUACGACUUCGUCGCCCUCGGCGGCGGGGAGGCGGCCAAGCUCCUGGCAUGGGACCUCUCCUCAAACCACGGCAAGAAGUGCGCCGUCAUUGAGCAUGGCCCCAUCUCCGGCGCCUGCCCGACUGUCGCCUGCAUGCCCACAAAGACCCUUCUUCACUCGGCUCAGCUGGCGCAUCUCGCGCGCCAGGUCCAGGCUUCGACACCGGGGGCUGCCAGUGGCGAUUUCAAAGCAGACAUGGCGAAGGUGUUCGCCCGCAAACAGGAAGUAGUUGACGGCAUGGCGGAUCUCUUCCUAGGACUCUUUGCCGAGACCAAGAGCGAGCUGAUCCGAGGCCACGGCGAGCUCGUCGGUCCCAAGACGAUCAGCUGCAACGGCCGCCUGCUCACGGCCGAGACCGUCCUCAUCAACACCGGAUCCAAGGCUUUCGUCGACACCAGCAUCCCCGGCCUGGCGGACGCCAAGCCCCUAACCCACGUUGAGCUCCUCAACAUCACGACCCUCCCAUCCCACCUCAUCAUCCUCGGCGGCGGCUACGUCGGCAUGGAGUUCGCACAGGCCUACGCCCGCUUCGGCGCGCGCGUGACCGUCAUCGAACGCAACUCCCAAGUCCUCAAUAAAGAAGACAGCGACGUCGUCACCGAACUCACCACCAUCCUCACGCGCGAGGGCGUCGAAUUCCUCACCUCCACGACCGUCACCAACAUCACCGGCACCUCAGGUUCCGAAAUCACCCUCACCCUCUCCAACAGCAGCAGCAGCAGCAGCAGCGCGGGCGGCCCCUCCACCCUCCGCGGCUCCCACCUCCUCGUCUCGGCCGGCCGCACCCCCAACACCUCUGGCAUCGGCCUCACCGAAGCAGCCGGCAUCACCCUCACCGCCACCGGGCACGUGGCCGUCGACGCCCAACUACGCACCUCGGUGCCGGGCGUCUUUGCGGCCGGCGACUGCGCCGGUAGCCCCUACUUCACGCACAUGGGGUGGGACGACUACCGGGUGAUUCUGGGGGUGCUGACGGGUGCGCCGCGCGAGAGGGGGACGGAGGGCAGGCAGGUGCCGUCGGUGCUGUUUACGUCGCGCGAGCUGGCGCAUGUCGGGUUGCGCGAGGGGGAGGCGAGGGAGAAGGGGGUGAAGUAUCGGCUGGUGAAGGCGCCGAUGGGGGCGUUUUUGAGGACGAGGGCGCUGGGGGAGACGGAGGGGUUUGCGAAGGCUUUGGUGGAGGCGGAGGGGGAGAGGAUUUUGGGGUUUACGGCGCUCGGGCCGGGGGUGGGGGAGUUGUUGCCGGUGGUGCAAUUGGUUAUGAAGCUGGGGCUGUCGUAUAAGGAGCUGGUGGACUUGACGAUUGUUCAUCCGACUAUGUCCGAGGGGUUGGUGGACUUGUUUCGGUCUGUGCCGCCGAUGAGCAAGUAGGUAAUAUGUAUGUCACUGGCUAUUUUCAGCUAGUGGGUUAGUUUCUCUCCCUUUUAGUGUUCAUGCGGUACGCAAGGGUGAAGGAAUAUGAUCUAGGGUUGAAUCAGACAGCAGAAGGCGAUGGGCUUUCGGCGAGCACUGCACGGCACCCCAUGCGAUUUAUCUCGAACUGUGCCUUUAGAAACACCGAGGUCUUCGUUUAGCACUCGCUCCUCGAACCGUUCCGGGGCAACCGAGCAUGAUAUUGCAACUGGCGGCGGGAAAGUACUUGUGAGUUGUCAGUUGAAAUCUGUGAAUUUAGGACUCAAUACCCCCCCGGAUAAAACAGUCUCGCCAAGGUUCGAGGGCCAGGAAGUGUCCAACCCCCAACCCAGUCCUGGGCAGACGGAAGUUCAUUCCUGAAUGCCGAUUGGUGCGCAAGAGGUCACGGACGAACUCAACGAAAGUCUCCGCGUUCACAAUAUGAGAACGGGUUGCUCCGAAUUUCCGCACAGCCU